AUGCCGUUCUUGUCAUCAUACACGAAUCGGCUGCAGGACGGCCGCGUGGCCCUCGCAGCUGCGGCCGGAACCGCAUCGCUCCUCUACCUCAUCUCGAACGCACGCAUGCGGUCCACCUACCCCAAAGUGCUCAAAGCGCCCGCCAAGAUCCACGAGCAGCCGUAUCCGGCCGACGUAUUCCCCAACGGUGCCGACCUCAACACGCCGUACGGCACCAUCCGCUACUACGAGUUCGGACCCGAGGACGGCAAGAAGCUCCUGUUCGUGCAUGGCAUCUCCACGCCUUCGCCCGCCUGGAGCCUCAUCGCACCCUACCUCACCAAGGCGGGCUACCGCAUCCUGUGCUUCGACCUGUUUGGUCGCGGCUACUCGGACUCGCCUCAGGUGACGCAUGAUGCCGCGCUCUUUGUCGCGCAGAUCACGCUCCUGCUCGCGCACCUGCCGCACUGGGACAGGUUCGACCUGUGCGGCAUGUCGCUCGGCGGACCGAUCGCUUCGCACUUUGCCCACUACUAUCCGCAGCGCGUCGACCGCCUCAUCCUACUCUGCCCGGCAGGCGGCACGCCCCACGCCGACCUUCGUCCCGCGGUGAAGCUCAUCCGCUCGCACCUCUUGCCCAACAGCCUCUUGCGGCGCCUGCUCCGUUUCGUGCCGCUGCUGCCCACGCCGCCCAAGGGCUCGUUGGCAUGGUGGCAGGCAGAGUAUCAUCCGGGCUACAAGUUCAGCUUCGCCUCGUCGCUGCAAGACGGACCCAUCUUCAACGCGCAGGAGGUGCACCGCGCGGUGGUGCGCGACUUUGGCUCGCGGCUGCGCGUCAUCUGGGGCGACAAGGACGACGUGGUGCCGAUGAGCACCGCAAAGUACUUUGGCCAAAUCGACCUCGCCGUCAUCCCCGGAGGCGGCCACUUUAUCGUGCUCACCCAUGCCGAGGCCACCGCGCGCCACAUGCUCGACUUCCUCGGCGCCGGCGGCAAGCGCUGA